AUGCGUUCCACUCUUGCCUCUGCCUGUGUUCUCUCUUCGUUGCUUCCUCUGUCAAUUGCCCAAACUACGGGAGCGUUCAACACCUUGACAUUCAACGUUGCUGGUCUACCUGCGAUUCUUAAUGGCAACGACGUCCCUGGCGACAAGACGGCCAACACUGCUCGCAUCGGGGAGUUGUUCACCAAGUACAACAUCUCGUUGAUCCACGUCCAAGAGGACUUCAACUAUCAUGCUACACUCUACGCCAACGACAAACACCCAUUCAGGACGUCCACUAGCGGCGGAGUGCCUUUCGGUAGCGGCUUGAACUCUCUGAGCAACUUCGAAUAUACAGGUUUCCAGAGGAUCAAAUGGAACACAUGCAGUAACACCGACAGCGCCGACUGUCUUACACCCAAAGGCUUCACCUUCAUGCGCGUCAAGUUUGCCGAAGGCGUCGUAAUCGAUGCCUACAACCUGCAUGCCGAUGCCGGCACAACUGCCGCCGACAAUACAGCGCGCGCAGCGAACCUACGCCAAGUAUCCGACUACAUCAAAGCAAACUCCAUCGGCAAUGCCGUCAUCGUCUUCGGCGACUCAAACUCGCGCUACACACGCACCGAUGACAUCCCCGCCAUCUUCAGCGAGCAACACGGCAUGAAGGACACCUGGCUGCAACUCGUCCGUAACGGUGUUGCUCCUGCAAAGGGCGCUGAUGCUCUAUUGUGCUCGAACCCGGCGACGACCAACACCUGCGAGAUUGUGGACAAGACGUGGUACAGGGGCUCCCCUGCUGUGUCGCUAGAGGCAAAGAAGUUCGACUACGCUGGACAUAUGUUCUUGCAGGAGAACGGCGAUUUGCUGUCUGAUCACAACGGCGUGCUUGUUGACUUUACGUGGUCGCUUGUUGAUCGCUUCCGCGUAUCGGAUGUUUUUGGCGGAGAGGAGGGCACUUGGUACAAUGACCUCGAUACCAUUUCGGGCCUGACCGCUUCAAAGGUGGCUUCCAUUACGCUGAGGGGCUCUGAACGCGUGGAUAAUAUUGCUAUUACUCUUGCGUCUGGUCAGAAGUUUGCGCAUGGUGGUACCGGUGGCUCCGCUACGACCCUCACGCUCGCUAGCGGGGAGACGCUGACAUCUGCUACGCUAUGCCGGGGCCAAAAGAACAACAAGACAAGAAUCUUUUACGCGCAGUUCACGACUAGCACGGGUAAGACGGUGCAGACGGGUGCUAAGACGAGCGACUGCGUGACCAGGAGUGCGGGUACUGGACGUGGUAUCGUUGGGUUUUUGGGUCGCUCGGGUGAUGAGGUGGAUCAGUUGGGAUUCAUCUACUCCAAGGUUUGA